AUGGGAUACACGUCUACCUUAAAAUUUGUCAAUCUGGGUGUUAGGAGGAGGCUCUUCCGGAGGGCCCACAAACAGCCUCAUCACAAAUGGGACAGCAUCAAAAAUCAACUGAAUGAAUUGUUAAAGUAUGGACGCAUUGAAACGACCUUAACCAAAGCUAAGGAAUUACAGGGGUAUGCAGAAGAGUUAAUUUACUUGGCCAAAAAAAACAAUGUGGAGAAUAAUUUAAAAGUGGAAAGUAUGUUGAGAACAGCGCAAGGGAGGAGAAAACUGUACGAAUAUUAUGUGCCGUUAUAUCGAUAUAGACCCUUUUUUUUCACAAGAGUUAUUAAUCAAUGGAGGCUGCGAUUACGGGAUGCAGCGCCCAUGGCAUUUAUCGAGUUUAUUGAUAGGCCAGGGGAAUUAAGACCAGCCAAGCCAGUCGGAGCUGACAGAAUUAAAUACAUAUAUGAGGAGAUGAAGAAGAACCGAAGGAAUUUUAAGCAGCACUUCCACAUCGCAAAGAAGUUUAAUUUGCUUGAUGAAAACG